AUGAUGAGUGACGUUUCUUUGGACUGGCCUCUAAGCAAAGAGGAACAAAAGAAGCGGAUCAUGCGGCUCUAUGACAAGGAUGUCCAGGCUGCAAAUGAGCUACUCCACUCUGGGGAGGCCGCCUUGAAAGUGGCGCUGAAGGCUUUGCACCAGAAGCUGAAAGAGACCGGCCCGGCAGAGGGCAAUGAGGGUAGCAGGGCUUCACAGGACGCGUCUUGUCCAGAGCACCCUGCAGGCCAUGAGGUGUUGGCAUCGUCCAGCCAGUCCAUUGAGGUGACGGAAGAGCCGACCUCCCCUGCCCACACGGAGCAGACGGAAACGGAGGUGACGGAGGAGGCCCGAGAGGAUGGCGAGAACGCUGCAGAAGCUGCAGAGCGUUUGCAGCAUGCCAUUGUGGACGCAGCUGCUGCGCUCGCCUCCCUGUUUGGUACCCCUUCCCUCUCUUCUGUGUUGGUGGGCAUUGCAGCUGAUGCCGACAAGGACAGUCCGGAGGAUUGCUUCGAGGUGCGACUGUACGGUCAAGAUGCUUCUGAAGCCGUUCAAGGGCAGCUGCUCUAUCCUAUGCCCUGUCAGGUCAGGCACCGAGCAAAGUCCGAGGGUGCCUUGCCCGUUGAUUGA